GUUGACGUGGCACGAGACCUCUGUGACCCCAGAGCCCCUGACCCCAGCCCCCACGCUAUCGCCCGUUCCCGGUCCUCUCGGUUCCGCAAUUCCCCUUAAAGGCUGGGGCCCGGGCACAGGAACGACAAGCGUUGCAGCCAAUGGCGUCGCGAACGCUAAACCUGGUACCCAAUCAAAAGGCACGGCUGCGAGGGACCCGGGUGGGAACCACGCCUGACUCCAGGAGAGUGAUGGAGAAGCAUCAAGAGGCUGGGAAGGAGAACAAGCCCUCCGCCAGAUCAGUGGACCUGCAGGGAGACAGCUCCUUACAGGUGGAGAUCUCUGACGCAGUGAGUGAGCGGGACAAGGUGAAAUUCACCGUUCAAACCAAGAGCUACCUCCCUCACUUCGCCCAGACCGAGUUCUCGGUGGUCCGGCAGCAUGAGGAGUUCAUCUGGCUCCAUGACGCCUACGUGGAAAACGAGGAGUACGCCGGCCUCAUCAUCCCCCCAGCACCUCCAAAGCCAGACUUUGAGGCUUCAAGGGAAAAGCUGCAGAAGUUGGGUGAGGGAGACAGCUCCGUCACUCGGGAAGAGUUUGCCAAAAUGAAGCAGGAGCUAGAAGCGGAGUACCUGGCUAUCUUUAAGAAGACAGUUGCGAUGCAUGAAGUCUUUCUGCAGCGCCUGGCGGCCCACCCCACCCUGCGGCAAGACCACAAUUUCUUUGUCUUUUUGGAAUACAGCCAGGAUCUGAGUGUCCGAGGAAAGAACAGGAAGGAGCUCCUUGGAGGGUUUCUGAGGAACAUCGUGAAGUCUGCAGAUGAAGCCGUCAUCACCGGCAUGUCAGGGCUCAAGGAAGUGGAUGACUUCUUUGAGCAUGAGAGGACCUUCCUGCUGGAGUACCACACCCGCAUCCGGGAUGCCUGCCUGCGGGCAGACCGUGUCAUGCACUCCCACAAGUGCCUGGCAGACGAUUAUAUCCCUAUUUCAGCUGCACUGAGCAGUCUGGGAACACAGGAAGUCAACCAGCUAAAAAUAAGCUUCUUCAAAUUGGCAGAGCUUUUUGAACGACUAAGGAAGCUGGAGGGCCGAGUGGCCUCAGAUGAGGACCUGAAGCUGUCAGAUAUGCUGAGAUACUAUAUGCGAGACUCACAGGCAGCCAAGGACCUGCUGUACCGCCGACUACGGGCCUUGGCCGACUACGAGAACGCCAACAAGGCUUUGGACAAGGCGCGCACCAGGAACCGGGAGGUGCAGACUGCAGAGAGCCACCAGCAACUGUGCUGCCAGCGCUUUGAACGCCUCUCCGACUCAGCUAAGCAGGAGCUCAUGGACUUCAAGUCCCGCCGUGUUUCCUCUUUCCGCAAGAACCUCAUUGAGUUGGCAGAGCUGGAGCUCAAACACGCCAAGGCGCUCCCCAGCGCUAGCAUCACCACUUCAGCUCCACCUCACAUCAGGCAUUAGAUUCUCAUAGGAGCACGGGUAUCUGGUGCCAAAAAAAGUUGGGGACCACUGCACUACAGCAUCCUCAAGUCAGCCAUCUUCCAGAGUGCCAGCUGACUCUCUAUAGGAAUGUGGCAAGACGCCGUUCUUGGAACCCAGGAGCCAUCUUCAAGGAGUGCCACCACCCACAUAAACCUUGGCAUGGACUGCACAUAAAACUAAUCACAAAUCUCCUACACCCAUUUUCUAAGCAGUAAAAUGGAACUACCUCUCCCUGCCAGAUACUGGCAAGCUCCAAAAAACUAAGGAACCAACUCUAACCCUAGGCUUUUCAGUUGAUUAAAAGAGAAGUAUAAAUCCUGUAUUACCAUCCCUAGGGCAAGACUUCUAGGAUACCUUUACUCACUGGGCGGGUUAAAGCCCAAGUACAGGACAGAGAAAGCCUGCACCAAAGUUGGCAAAAGGCUUGGGGCUCUGGCCAACACCCUCUUAGUUAAACACAGAAAGGUGGGGCCCAAGACACCUGGGUCUGAAGUCCUGGGCUCUGCCUGGCUGGCCGCACCCUACAGUCCUGCCACAUCUGCAAAGGCCAAAGACUCAACUUGGCUACUGACUCACGUCAGCCCUUGGACCCAGCCCUCACAAAUGAGUCAGUUAUUCAGGGAGGAAAGUGGAGAAAUGACCAAACUCGAGGCAACCUGUGACUUACAAUCUCACAGCCCACAUGUUAGCACGACUGAGCAGGGAAUUAGAGAAGGGGCCCCACUGCCCCCAGGAUCAAGGCUAUAGAAGAAAGCGGCUCAGGCACAAAGCCCCUUUUGCUCAAG